AUGACUCUAAAACCACAUAGACGACGUCAUAACACCAAUAUAAGAAAUGCAUCAAAGGAGCAACAAUCAGCGGGAUCACAGAAAAUGAGAGAGGAAAUAAAAAGGACGUUUGAACUUUUUGAUAAAGAUAAAAACGGUAAGAUAACGGAGAGAGAACUCACAGACGUCAUGCGAGCUUUAGGUCAAAAUCCGACGUCACAGCACGUGCGGGCGAUUAUAGCGGAAGUUGAUAAGGACAAUGAUGGUGAAAUAGACUUUGAAGAAUUCGUUUCGAUGAUGUCGAAAAAAUGGCGAGACCUAGAAAAGGAAGAGGAAGAAAUAAAGAAAGCUUUUAAGGUUUUUGACAGAAACGGAGAUGGUAUGAUUGAAAUGCGUGAACUGAAAGCUGUUUUAACUGGUCUGGGAGAAAAGAUGACAGAAGAGGAAUUUCAGAGCCUGAUGCGCGAGGCGGAUCUAGACGGCAACGGUGUUAUCACUUACGAAGAGUUUUCCUCAGUUCUAGCAAACAAAUUUAUCUGA